AUGCGAUGGACGAUUGUGAAUGCUAUAUUCUUCACAUUGGGCCUUUUCUUCUGGUUCUCUCCAUUGUCGAAGCAACUGGCCCUACGCCGUCUCAAUGAUCAAGAUAAAUGGAAAGCUACUUCGGUCUACUUACCACUCUUAGACCGUCUUGACAUCCCAAAAACAACGUUCACUUCAAACAGCACCUUCUACGAUCACGAACCCCUACCUAUCCUCCGAGUCCCAACCGGCCCCGAAGCCGACGCAGAAUGGGACCGAAUCGGCGGCAGCACAAAAGCCCGACCGAUCGUCGUCUCGUCCGCCGAGAUCCAUAGAAUAGGCAAAGACCCAUCCAAGGCUGUUAAGAUUCCCGAGAAGUUCGGCUACGGUUCGGACGCAUAUAUUGCCUGGACAGAGGUGUUUCAUUUACUUCAUUGCGUCGAUAUCCUGCGGCAGCACGUCUACAGCGAUCAUUACGGAUCGGGACAUGGUGGUGAAUCGCAUCUGGAUCACCAUUCGCAUGCGUCGCACUGUCUGGAGGUUUUAGCAGAGAGUAUCAAGUGCUCGGGGAGUGUUGACCCGAUCCUGUUUGUUUGGGUCGAGGGGGCUGGAAUGCCGUCUCCCGAAUUCGCGAAUAAGCAUUUAUGUCGGGAUUUUGAGACCGUGCUGGAGUAUGUGAAUAAGAAUGGUAUUCCGAAGGAGGUUUUUAAUGAGAUGAAAGAGCCGCCGCCGGGAUAUGUGCCAAUUCCGGAAUUCGACAUUUGA